CAGUGUGCAUUUAUAAUUCUCCCUCUCAAUUCUAGGCUGAGAACCACUGUCUCCCUUUUAUAUUUUGGCAAGGUUUUUUUUUUACCCUCCCUCCCCCCCCUCCAAAACGAGCCGGCUGCUGUCCUGUCCCUUUCCACAUCCCACAGCGUCUCAAAGCUGCGAACAGAGGGAGAGAGAGGAGGAGAGGAUCAGAAAGAGACAGGGGAUUUAUCAACUGCUGGAUGAAAGGACUUUAGAAACUAGUCGCCAAACAAUACAAAGGCUGACCGAAAGGACAUGGACCUCAGUCUGCUAGCACUCCUCUUUCUCUGUCUCAGCAGACAAGGACUGACAGAUCCAACCGCAGCUCCUCCCGAAACAACCCCCUCAGUUCCUGAGCCCACCACCCCAUCCCCAAAGCCCGAAGAUUCCUUAGAGGAGAAGGAGGAGGAGGGUGGGUGUCCGGCCCAUCUGCUAGGCGCAGAGGCCAAGAGGGUGGUAGGGGGCGCCAUACUGAAGCUUGGCUUGCAGCUCCUGGAGAACCUGAAGACCAGCUCGGAGCAGCCCAACGUGGUCGUGUCACCCCUCAGCGUCUCACUGGCACUGUCACAGUUGGCUCUCGGGGCGGCGAAUGAGACGGAGCAGCUGCUCCUGCAGUCCCUGAACGCGGACUCCCUGCCCUUCUACCACCAGUGCCUGCGGAGUCUCCUUCAGCACCUCAGGAGCAGCGCCAUAAAGGUCGCCACCCGCAUCUACCUGAGCCCGGGGUUCCGUGCGAAAAAAGACUUUAUACAAGAAUCCCUGCGUAUGUAUGAGUCUGAGCCAGUGCCACUGGCUGGGGUGGAGGAGGUCAAUCAGUGGGUGGAGAAGGCCACAGAUGGCCUCAUAACUGACUUCCUGUCCAGCCUUCCAGCCGACGUGGUCAUCAUGCUUAUCAACGCCGUCCACUUCAAAGGAGAAUGGAUUGCCCGCUUUGACCCCAGCCUUACUGCCAAAGACCGCUUCUACAUCGACAACAAGAAUAUGAUCUACGUUGACAUGAUGCAGGAACCCAAAUACCCCCUGAGUCUCCUCAUGGACAGUGAGCUGGGUGCUCAGGUGGCCCGCUUCCCCUUCAAGGACAACACAAGCCUCCUGGUGGUGAUGCCCUUGUCAGGGGAGGUGAACGUGUCUGACAUUGUGACCAAACUUAACAUCUCAGAAGUGUAUGCCCAUUUGCCCAGCGAAAGGACCAUGCACGUCAAGUUGCCCAAAUUCAAGCUGGAGUAUAGCCAGGAGCUGGAAGAGGCCCUCACCGCCAUGGGGCUGGGGCAGCUGUUCACCAGUCCGAACCUGUCCCGCAUCGCGGACGGCCUCCUGGUGGUGUCGAGCGUGCGGCACAAGUCCAGCCUGGAGCUGCACGAGGAAGGCGCGGAGGCGGCCGCCGCCACCACCGUGGUCAUCUCCCGCUCCAUCCCCUCCUUCAGCGUCAACCAGCCUUUCUUCUUCGCUCUCCUGGACGACGUUUCUCAGACGCCCAUCUUCCUGGGAGUCAUCACCAACCCCGACCCGGGCGCUACCGCAAUGCAGAGUGACGCGCCCGAAAAGAUGGGCUACGUUGACCACAAGGGUUUAGACAUCCCCAUGUCAAGCAUCGACCCCAAGUAAAAAAGAAAAAAAAAAA